AUGGCAUCGCACACUCUGCGGAACCUCUGCCAUUUCCCGUCGCCAACCCCACAGCCAUCUCCGGCGGAGGCGAAGUUCACGCCGGGGGAGGCUCAACGAAUGGUGCGGCUUGUUGGAGUCGAGCUGCUGAAGAGGCGGCUGCGGGACAGCCCAGACGAGGUGGUAGGCCAUGGCGAGUUUCUUGACGCGUGCGUGGAGGCUGGCGCGGCGCGCACGCGAGGCCAGGCGGAGGAGCUGGCGCAGGCGAUGGACCAGUCCGGCAGCGUGGUGCUCUUCCGGGGAAUGGUCUACCUCCACCCAGAGAAGGUAGUGGACCUGGUUAGAAGUGUUGUGCCACCUGUACUCGAGAUCGAAAAUGAUGUGAGAAAAGAAGAAUUUGAGCUACUGAAGAAGAAGAAAGAAGAGAUUGACAGGCAGGCGCACAAGCAAGUCAAGCGAAUCCUCUGGUCUGGCUUACUGUUCUUGCAGACCACAUUAGGCCUCACUUUCCGUUUCACGUUCUGGGAGCUGUCGUGGGACGUUAUAGCGCCACUCGCCUUCUUCGUGACCAGUUCUGACCUGCUUGUUGGCUAUGCCUAUUUCCUUGUUACCUUACGCAAGCUGUCAUAUCGAAGCUACAUGGAGAGGCUGUUUGAAACAAGGAGGAGGAAGCUCUACGACAAGGAGGGUUUUGAUAUGGAGAAGUACCUGGAAAUGGAGAAACAAAUAAAGUGUCCCCUGGGAGGAGAAUGCACCGAAGGUUGUAAGCUUCAUGAGUCAGGGCUAGUAACACCAGAAAAUUUCUCAGUUGUUACUUAUACUUUAGAAAUCGAGAGGCGGAUGCAGGAUGGGCAGGACGAGAUGGUCAGCCACGGCCAGCUCCUCAACGCUUUGCUGGAGAGCAGCCUCAAGCGCACAGAGGCGGAGGCACUCGUGCAGAAGAUGGAUGACAUCAGCUUGGUGAUGCUAGUCCGGGGCAAGACCUACCUCAACCAUGAGAAGGUUGUGGACCUGAUUAGAAGGGCUGUGCCUUUUGCACUUGCCCCAGAGAACGACGCGAGAAAAGAAGAGUUCAAACAACUCCAGGCAAAGAUGGAAGAGAUAAACAGCCUGGCUCACAAGCAUGCCAUGCGGAUUCUAUGCGUUGGCUUUGCGUACUUUCUGCUCCAAUUCGCUCUCUUAUUCCGCCUUACGUUCUGGGAGUUCACAUGGCAUGAGACAGAGCCGCUCGACCUUACCAUAGCCGGCAUCCAGCUGAUUAUUUGCUACGGAUAUUUCCUCCACACCUCGAGUAAUCCAACGUUACAAGACUUCAGGCAGAGGCUGUUCUUGGCAAGGAGGAGAAAGCUCUGCGCCAAGCAUAGAUUUGAUAUAGACAGAUACCUGAAGUUGCAGAAACACCUUUAG